CAUAAAAGAAAAAGGAACUCUCCUCAAGUUCUUUUUCAAAAGCUCUUCACUUUUAUAAAAGAGAGAGAGCUAAUCUCUGCUACUGCAUUUCCUUUUUAUUAUCAUCGUCUCCUAUUGCUUUGUUUUUUAUUUCCAUGGUUCUCCUCACUUUCUUACCGGAUACGGCGGCGGAACCCAUGAAAGUGAAACAACCGUCCGAGCGUAGAAAAAACCAGGUGAAAAAGCAAAAGCAACCGUCUUCAUGGGACCAAAUCAAGAAUUUGCUAAGCUGCAAACAGAUGGAAGGGUCGAAGGUUCAUGAUCCCUCAAAGAAUAAUCGGCCUCGUCACCAUGGGUACUCAAAGCUGAGUUCCUCUUGCAACUCCAUCCGCAUCUUCAAGGACGUUGUUCAUGGCAACUCGAGGAGGGUUGUUCACAGAGCAGAUAACUCGCCAGAAAGUAGCACAGUGGGUCAAGAAAGUGGGUUACUGAAACGCAAAGCUGCUAAUAGCUCGUCAACCAGAUCCAAUAAUAGCAGCACUGCCUACACGUCAUCUUCGUCAAGAGUUAUGCGAUUCAGGAAGCUUUCUGGGUGUUAUGAGUGUCAUAUGAUCGUUGACCCCAGCAGGCAUUCAUCCUCAAGAACAACUAUCUGUGCCUGCUCAAUGUGCGGAGAGGUCUUCCCAAAGAUUGAAAGCUUGGAGCUUCAUCAAGCUGUUCGCCAUGCAGUUUCGGAGUUGGGCCCAGACGAUUCGGGCCGGAACAUUGUGGAAAUUAUCUUCAAAUCGAGCUGGCUUAAGAAGGAUAACCCGAUCUGUAUGAUCGAACGGAUAAUGAAAGUCCACAACACCCAACGCACCAUCCAGCGGUUCGAGGAUUGCCGCGAUGCAGUGAAAACACGUGCUGUUAACAGCACCAGGAAGAAUCCCAGGUGUGCAGCCGACGGCAACGAACUUCUCCGAUUCCACUGCACCACAUUGUCGUGCUCCCUCGGAGCGCGUGGCUCCUCCAGCUUAUGCGGUUCGGUCCCAGGUUGCGGAGUCUGCACCUUAAUCAAACGAGGGUUCCAAAGCAAAGGUGGAGGAGCCACUGACUUCAAAGGAGUAUGCACUACGGCUAGCAGCGGGAGGGCCCACGACUCACUUAAAUGUACGGACGGACGUAGGGCCAUGCUGGUUUGCCGUGUAAUCGCGGGUAGGGUGAAGAAAGUGGCGGAUGAUGUGCCGCCGCUGGAGGAGGAAAAUAACAGCAGCGUAUCGACUUCGACUGGCUCGUACGAUUCUGUAGCAGUGUACGCCGGCGUCUACUCCAACCUGGAAGAGUUGGUUGUCUACAAUCCACGGGCUAUCCUUCCUUGUUUCGUAGUCAUUUACAAAGCGCUAGAAUCUUCACUCAGUUGAGGUCCGCUAUCACGUUUCAACAUCAUUUUCUCAGAACUAUCAAGAUCAACGCUUUUUUCUUUUGAAAAGU